GAAUAUCUUGAUUUAAAAAAGUAGAACUCUUGUUUUUCCUUCUGACACAAAAUUUAACUAGCCUAAAUCUAGAUCCUAGAUUCGAUUAUAGAUUUAUUUAUUUCUACAGAAUUUAUUGAUAUCAAGAUGAUGAAAUCAAAAGGAUUUUUAAUUAUAUUGUUCCUAACUAUGUUUUUAGUCAUUUCAUUAUCAGCUAACCCAAGACAAGGAAUUGGUGACAAGUCUGGGUUAUCUUUCAAAAGUAUGGUACCUUUACCAGCUUGUGGAGAUUAUUACAAGAUAUCUCAGUCAGAAGUUGGCCAUAUCGUCCAUCCAGAGUAUCCGGACGUUGCGAGCAAUCGACUGUUCUGUAUCUGGCUGAUUGAGGCGCCACAGAACUACAGAGUGAACAUAACUAUUUUGUUUCAAGGAGAUAUGUACAAGAAAAGUUGUGUUGAUUACCUUCAGGUUCGAGACGGUAACAAAAACGCCGCUAUUUUAUCCGAGCUGUGCGACGAAAGGGGAGACUAUCGGAUCAUCCAGUCAACUUCCCAGUGGCUGUGGCUCUUGCUGAAAACGGACAAUUAUACUGAAGGCCACACCAAGCUUUAUGCUGAGUUUAGGGCCUUCACUGACGCCAAUUUAACAGUGCUCCUUGAUAGCAAGAAGAAACCAGCAGAACGUGAGUGUCGCUCCUACGAGUUUGAAUGUCGUAACAAAGAGUGUAUCAGCAUGUCCUACCGCUGUGAUCGAGUCAAUGAUUGUGGUUGCACUGUGGACUGUGAUGAAAGCGGAUGUGAAGGAAUCAACCUAAGUAAAAUGAAUCAAUUUAUUGUUGGUUUCAGUAUUGGGUGCUUUGUCUUUAUGUCAGUCUGUUUCAUGACUUGUCUUAUUGAAGGCCAGAGUAACUGGAUUGCUUCUCGAGUAGAGGAGCUAAGAAUGAGAGAGAACCAGGCAGAGGAACGGAGAAAGAAAGCUUUCAAGGCUUUCACCAAAUUUAUCGGCGAGAAAGAAGUCUAACUAUGUCGCAAACAAAAGCAUUACUUUAACAGAGGGCCAUGUAUACAGUUGGUGGUGGAGCUGACGUUCAAUAUGUUGUAUUUAUUAUGUAUCACCCACGUGCUAUGUUACACUAUAUUAAAGUUUAUGUUUUGU